GCGACGCCGGUCAGUGUGCUUCUGCUGGUGCUCGUGGCGGCGGCGGCGGCGGGUGAGGGCGCCAUGCCGAUGCCUGUGAACGAGGAGGUGCUGGGGCUGGUCGUGUUCAGGUCGGCGCUGUCCGACCCGACGGGGGCGCUGGCGACGUGGGCGGAGUCCGACGCGACGCCGUGCGGGUGGGCGCACGUCGAGUGCGACCCGGCGACGUCGCGCGUGCUCCGCCUCGCGCUCGACGGCCUCGGCCUCUCCGGCCGCAUGCCGCGCGGCCUCGACCGCCUCGCCGCGCUCCAGUCGCUCUCCCUCGCCCGCAACAACCUCUCCGGCGAGCUGCCCCCGGGGCUGUCGCUGCUCAAGUCGCUCCGGUCCCUCGACCUCUCCUACAACUCCUUCUCCGGUGCGCUCCCCGACGACGUCCCGAUGCUCGCGUCCCUCCGCUACCUCGACCUCACCGGCAACGCCUUCUCCGGCCCGCUCCCGUCCUCGUUCCCUCCCACCGUCCGCUUCCUCAUGCUCUCCGGCAACCAGUUCUCCGGCCCGCUACCGGAGGGGCUCUCCAAGAGCUCGUUCCUGCUCCACCUCAACCUGUCCGGGAACCAGCUCUCCGGCUCGCCGGACUUCACUGGCGCGCUCUGGCCGCUCUCCAGGCUGCGCGCGCUCGACCUGUCCCGUAACCAGUUCUCCGGCCCCGUCACCGCCGGCAUUGCCAACCUCCACAACCUCAAGACCAUCGACCUCAGCGGCAACCGGUUCUUCGGCGCCGUCCCCAACGACAUUGGCAUGUGCCCUCAUCUCAGCAGCGUCGACAUUAGCUCCAACGCGUUCGACGGCCAGCUCCCUGACUCCAUCGGUCACCUCAGCUCGCUGGUUCACCUCUCCGCGUCCGGUAACCGGUUUUCCGGUGAUGUCCCUGCUUGGCUUGGCGACUUGGCAGCGCUGCAGCAACUCGAUUUCUCCGACAAUGCUCUGACCGGCCGAUUGCCGGAGUCGCUCGGCAAGCUCAAGGACCUCAGGUACCUGAGCCUGUCCAAGAACCAGCUCUCCGGCGCCAUCCCAGACGCCAUGUCCGGCUGCACGAAGCUCGCCGAGCUGCACCUGAGGGCCAACAACCUCAGCGGCAGCAUCCCGGAUGCUCUGUUCGACGUCGGGCUGGAGACGCUCGACAUGUCGUCGAACGCGCUCUCCGGCGUGCUGCCGUCGGGCUCGACGAAGCUGGCGGAGACCCUCCAAUGGCUCGACCUCUCCGUCAACCAGCUGACCGGCGGCAUCCCGGCGGAGAUGGCGCUCUUCAUGAACCUCCGCUACCUCAACCUGUCCCGCAACGACCUCCGCACGCAGCUGCCGCCGGAGCUCGGCCUGCUCCGCAACCUCACGGUGCUCGACCUCCGGAGCAGCGGCCUGUAUGGGACAAUGCCGACCGAUCUGUGUGAGGCCGGAAGCCUCGCCGUGCUCCAGCUCGACGGCAACUCCCUCGCUGGCCCCAUCCCCGACAACAUCGGCAACUGUUCGUCCCUGUACCUACUGAGCUUGGGGCACAACAGCUUGACGGGGCCGAUACCGGUGGGCAUCUCGGAGCUGAAGAAGCUGGAGAUUCUGAGGCUGGAGUACAACAACCUGAGCGGCGAGAUACCGCAGCAGCUCGGCGGGAUCGAGAGCCUCCUCGCCGUGAACAUCUCCCACAACCGCCUCAUCGGGCGGCUGCCGGCGUCGGGCGUGUUCCAGAGCCUCGACGCGAGCGCGCUCGAGGGCAACCUCGGCAUCUGCAGCCCGCUGGUGACGGAGCCAUGCAGGAUGGACGUGCCCAAGCCGCUCGUGCUCGACCCCAACGAGUACCCGCACGGCGGCGACGGCGACAACAACCUCGAGACCAACGGCCGCGGCCCGGCGUCGCCGAGGAAGCGCCGUUUCCUGAGCGUGUCGGCCAUGGUGGCCAUCUGCGCAGCGGUGUUCAUCAUCCUCGGGGUCAUCGUCAUCACCCUGCUCAACAUUUCCGCGCGGCGGAGGUCCGGCGACUCGCUGCCGGAGAAAGAGCUGGAGAGCAUCGUGUCCAGCUCGACCAAGUCCAGCAAGCUCGCCACCGGGAAGAUGGUGACGUUCGGGCCGGGGAACAGCCUCCGGUCCGAGGACUUCGUCGGCGGCGCCGACGCGCUGCUGAGCAAGGCGACGGAGAUCGGCCGCGGCGCCCUCGGGACGGUGUACCGCGCGUCCGUGGGCGAGGGCAGGGUGGUCGCCAUCAAGAAGCUCGCGACGGCGAGCAUCGUGCAGUCCCGCGACGACUUCGACCGCGAGGUCCGCAUCCUGGGGAAGGCGAGGCACCCCAACCUGCUGCCGCUCAAGGGCUACUACUGGACGCCGCAGCUGCAGCUCCUCAUCUCCGACUACGCGCCGCACGGCAGCGUGGAGGCGCGCCUCCACCACGGCGCGCUCCCGCCGCUGACAUGGCCGGAGCGGUUCCGCGUGGUGGCCGGCGUCGCCAGGGCGCUCGCGCACCUGCACCAGUCGUUCCGGCCGCCGAUGAUCCACUACAACGUGAAGCCGAGCAACAUCCUCCUCGACGAGCAGUGCAACCCGAUGGUCGCCGACUUCGGGCUGGCGCGGCUGCUGCCGAAGCUGGACAAGCACAUGAUCAGCAGCCGGUUCCAGGGCGGCAUGGGGUACGUGGCGCCGGAGCUGGCGUGCCAGAGCCUCCGGAUCAACGAGAAGUGCGACAUCUACGGCUUCGGCGUGCUCGUCCUCGAGCUCGUCACCGGCCGCCGGGCCGUCGAGUACAGCGACGACGACGUCGUCAUCCUCAUCGACCAGGUCCGCGUCCUCCUCGACCACGGCGGCAACAACGUGCUCGAGUGCGUCGACCCGGCCCUCGGCGAGUUCCCGGAGGAGGAGGUGCUGCCCGUGCUCAAGCUCGGCAUGGUUUGCACGUCGCAGAUCCCGUCCAACCGCCCCUCCAUGGUCGAGGUGGUCCAGAUCCUGCAGGUCAUCAAGGCCCCCGUCGCUGCAUCGCCAUCUGCCACCCGAAUGGAAGCUUUCGUCUGACCAUCUCUUCCACAUUUUACGUUCUACUAAACCACACGUAAUCGCUUGACCGAUCCAUGCAUCUCACUUGCAUUGCAUGCAUGCCAUGCAAUUCAUCCGCAACCAGUACGUGUUCAUGUACGUGUUCCCUAGUGCAAAAAAUCACAGGUCCCCAGCUGUACUACUAGUACGUACACUGAGUCACUGCUGGCCGUGCUAGCUAAUUUUCCUCAGGUUUUAAUUUAAUUUUUUUGUCUCUGCCUUUUUGGAUGUCAGAUAAAUCAUUCCUACGUGAUGCCAUUGUUCGAUGCGGCUAAAAUAUGCUCAUCAUCUUGUGACUAGUAUGAGUUGUAACGAAGUUGGCGUGUUGCA